CAGACCUUCACAUCAGAUUCUCUAGUGGUUGCUUUUGUUUGCUUCAAGAUGGCUGCAAAGGCGAAGUUGAACGUACAAAACUUCCCACGCCCUCCGUCAUUGGAGCAGAUUCCCAGGCAUCUACAAAUAAGAUGGAAUGGUCAAACACUGGCCGAGACUCAAUCUUCGUUCUGGGUCUUGGAAACUACCCAUCCGCCAACAUACUACCUUCCACGUAACUCGAUCUCAGACAAUUUCAAGCUCAGUCAGAUACCCAAUAAAGCUUCGCUGUGCGAGUGGAAGGGUCGCGCAACAUACUGGGAUGUCAUCAAUCGAUCCACGGGCGAAAUAGUCAAGGGUAAAGUAUGGAGUUAUGAAUCGCCGACCCCACCCUUCAAAGACAUCAAGGGAUAUGUGUCCUUCUAUGCCAAUGAUGUACCGUGGGUAUGUUUCGUUGAUGAUGAGAAAGUGACACCUCAAGAAGGUGAUUUUUAUGGUGGAUGGGUGACAAGCGAGCUGGAAGGUCCCAUGAAGGGCGGACCAGGUACUUGGGGUUGGUAGAAGCCUCAUGUGCCAGAGGAGCACUCACUGUUUCAAAUGAACAAAACCGAAGGUUCGUUUCGGAGCCUCACAGGAAUCCUCUGGUCUCAAUCCUCGCACGACUGAAUUGUCAAUGGAGUCUGCUGGUACACAACGCAGCUUAUUUGAAAGGCAUUGGUCCAAUCAUCGACUCAUGUUAC